GCCAAAUCAAUGGAGCACUUCUGCCUCGCAGCGGUUUAGCGGUGCUCAUAUAAAAGUACAUGCACAGCGUGUUUCCUGUCUGUGUUGAAAAGCUCACGCCGAAGAGUCCCGUCGGGAAAGGAAGAUGUCGUAGCCUCGAACACCGGGGCUGCGAAGUGAACGUAUUUAUUGUCGUCGUGUUUCUUGCGCCAAGUUCAGAAAAUGCGCACUUUAUGCGCUCGGUCCGUUUUUGCAGAAGUGGACUGAGACUCUGGAUUUAUUAUUUAUUGCUUUAUUUUUUAUUUUAUUUUUGCUGUGCCGAUCAACCAUUGUGGACUUCGAAAGGGGGAAAGGGUUUUAUGUUGUUCUAUGCAUGAACAAACAAAUAAGAAGGUCGUCUUUACGCACACUUGGAUGCGCCAUGAGGAGGCUGCUGUCCCGGGUCACAUCGGACUGUAUGCGACCGGGAAUGGAUUAGUAUCAAUCUGAUUCUGGAAGUUUUGUUGUUUUUGUACAAACUUGUUGCUCAUACUUGGAGAUUCCCUGAUGUGCCAACUCCAAACAACGAGCCGAUAGCUCACUUGUUGUUUUGGGAAGCUCGUGGGUGAAUGUAAGACGACGAGGAGGAGGAGAGAAUAAACCCCCUCGGCACCUUUUUAUCACUGCACAAGUCUGAGCUCUCAUCUGAGGACCAGCAGGACGAUGGCGUCUCAUCAAGUCUUCAUUCAGAUCACAGUCACACUGAUCCUGGGCAGCGCGCUGGGAGAUGUGCCAGAGGAGGAGGGCGUCAAUGCGGAGGCUUGGCUGCGUAAGUUCGGCUACCUGUCGCAGGCGAGCAGGCAGAUGUCCACCAUGCAGUCGGCUCACAUUCUGUCCAAGGCCAUCGGCGACAUGCAGCGCUUCUACGGGCUGGAGGUGACCGGCGAGAUGGACCCCGCCACUGUCGCAGCCAUGCGGCGACCCCGCUGUGGCCUCCCCGACAGAAAAGCCGAGGAGACGGGUGAUGGUGCGAGGAAGAAACGCUACACGCUCACUGGGCAGCAGUGGGACAAAGACCACAUCACUUACAGCAUACUGAACCAGCUCAUCCCGUCCUCGCUGGGAGAGGAGCGGACGUACGCCGCCAUCCGCGCGGCCUUCGACGCGUGGAGACGGGUCGCCCCGCUCACCUUCGAGGAGCUGCCCGCGGAGAGCGACCUGAACACCAACAGCAGCCGGACGGAGCUCGCCGACAUCCUGCUGUUGUUCGCCUCUGGUUUCCACGGCGAUAUGUCCCUGUUUGACGGCGAGGGCGGGUCGCUGGCGCACGCCUACUACCCCGGGCCAGCGAUCGGCGGGGACAUACACUUUGACGCAGAUGAGCCCUGGACGCUUGAGAAAGAAAAUCCAGAAGGCAUAGACCUCUUCCUGGUUGCCGUCCACGAGCUCGGCCACGCCCUCGGCCUGGAGCACUCGGACAACCCCGGUGCCAUCAUGGCGCCUUUCUACCAGUACAUUAACACGCACAACUUCACGCUGCACGACGACGACGUCAGAGGAAUACAGCACAUAUACGGUCCUCCCCUCGUCACCGGUGCCCCGCCCACUGCUCCUCCCACCCCUGUCGACAAACCCGACAGUGACUCGCCCACGUCCCCUUCUCCACCUGAAGAUAAACCCACUUCCGACCCUCGGCCCAACCCGACCGACGGCGGCCUGGAUCGCCCAGCCCGUCCCGAGCCGCCCCCUGGCCCUACCGCCGCCCCCGUCCUCCCCACCUCCACGCCUGCAGAGCCCGAGCCGGAACCUGUCACCCCGCCGGUUAGAAAAGAGGACCCUCCUCCUCCGCCGCCUCCUCCUCCUCGGCCUCCCCCUCCUCCGCGGCCUCCCGCUCCUCCGCGGCCUCCCAAGCUGCCAGACAACCAGGCCCCCGACAUCUGCGACGGGGACUUUGACACGGUGACCAUGCUGAGGGGGGAGAUGUUUGUUUUCAAGGGUCGUUGGUUCUGGCGGGUGCGGAGGAACCGGGUCUUGGAUAACUACCCCAUGCCCAUAUCCGUCUUCUGGAUCGGCCUGCCCAGUGACAUCGACGCUGCCUAUGAGCGCCACGAUGGCAAAUUUGUCUUUUUUAAAGAUGACAGAUUCUGGGUGUUCAGGGAGGCCGACGUGCUGCCAGGAUACCCCCAGCCCAUACAUGAGUAUGGACAGGGAGUUCCUACACACAGUAUUGACACCGCAAUCUGGUGGGAGCCCAACGGAUACACUUACUUCUUCUCGGGAGACAGGUACUGGCGAUACAGCGAGGAGACCCGCGUCACAGACCGCGACUUCCCCAAGCCAAACAGCCGAUGGGGCAGGAUCCCUCCCUCGCCCAAGGGAGCCUUCCUCAGCGAUGACGGCGCUUACACCUACUUCUACAAAGGCGCCAAUUACUGGAGGUUCGACAACCGCAAGGCAGAGGCAGAAAAAGGCUACCCUCGUUCCAUCCUGAGGGACUUCAUGGGCUGCAUGGACGCUCCUGAGCCCAAGCCCGAUGCUGACGCUGAACCAGACGCGGUUCCGACAGACAAACCAGGGAACCCGUCAGACCGGGGCAAAGACAAAGGGCGCAAAGAGCCGGACGGGGGCCGGGACGAAGGCACAGACCCAGAGGAGGACCCGAGCUCUAAGCCCGACGGCGCGGACGAAGACGAGGACAAAGAUUUGAACGUGGUCGUGACGAUGGCCGACAGUGAAUCCAAGGUCAUGACCCUGAUCAUGGUGACCGUUCCUUUGGUGCUCAUCUUGUGCAUCCUCGUCCUGAUCUACGCCAUCCUCAGGAGUCUGCAGAACAAAGAGACGCCGAGGGCCUUGGUGCACUGCAAGCGCUCGAUGCAGGACUGGGUGUGACGCGCGGAGCUGGAGCGGGUAUUGAUCAUCUGUCCGGCGCCGUCGCUGGCGUCAACAUUUUUUUACGCGGCGUGGAAGAGGCUUUGACACCAUACGUGAGUCUGAGAAAGCUGAGGAGGAGUCACCUUUCUGAAUCCCAUUCAUUGUGAGAACUUGUCGCUCAUGUGAAAUAUUCUAAACAGUUGGUGCCUGUGGAGCUGCAGUCUACAUUUCCCUCUAAUUGCUUUGAGGUUUUAUUCCUGUGCCUCCGUUUGUGCCUUUCAGAUGUCUUAAAAAAACAUCCAUUUCUUUAGAAAUAAUGCCUGUUUACGUCACAACAUAAAAGACACGAGACUCUAGGAAAAUAAUGUUUCUGUCAAUAGUACAGUAGUUGUACAAAGGAGGGACAGGUGGUGUAUUUGUAGUAUAAAUGCAGACAAAGUCGAUAAUGCACAUACAUUAACCAGAAGCACACACAAUGUACACACACACACACACACACACAUGUUCUUACAACACACACAAACACAUACAUUAACACACAGUCUUUUUUAAUACAUUUGACAAACCAAUUUUGACAUUUUCUUCUGUUCAGAACAGAUAAUUUGCACUUUUCAUUCUUUUGCUGUUGUAGUUUUUUUGUUGUUUUGCUGAGGCUGCUUCACUGCAGACGUGCGUGUUCGUGCAAACUGCGUUCAUCAAACACACAAGCAGAAGAAAGCUCGUCCUCCGAACCAGCGCAGGAAUGUCUGACAGCUGUGUUCGUCCAUGACUGCCCUUCUCCUCACUCUCUCUCUCACACACACACACACACACACACACACACACACACACACACACACACACACACUAAC